AAUAAUUCGAACGAAAAACCCAGAUUAAUGAAAUUAAUGAAAUUAAUUAAAUUAUAUUAUGUUAUAUUAUAUUUAAAUUAUAUUAUUAGGGUCUCGAUUAGAAGGUAGAAUAAAGAAUAGAGGCUGAAAAGUGAGAUAUCAAGUGUCAUUGUAACGGGUGGUGGACGGAUGGAUGGAUGGAUGAUUAGUGGUGGAAAGACGUGGCCGAGGGGAAGCACGCUGGGUUGUUUCUGGGCACUUGGUGCCUGCCUGCCAGCGUUCACCUUUAUAGAAGAAGCGUCCUGUAGACGGAGCGCCUCUUGUUUUAUUGUGGCUGGCAGCAGACGCAAGCAGAACGCAACAGCCUGGUUCCCCUGCGGAGACAAGAAAAAUGCAAGGUUCCAAAAGCGGCGGACGGCGCAGGGCCAAUUAGCCCCCGAGCCGUUGCUUAGUGCUUGAACUUCUUGAUCAUGAAGAGGAUGAAGACGGUACAACCGAUAACGAAAAGUAAGCAGAAGACAACGAUAACACCGGCUGGUAACAUUAUGGAUUGGCUAGUAGGGAAGGAUUGGCUGGUUCUAGGAAUCACAGAAGGACCGACAAAGCCAAAGGCAACCACAAGAAGAAGAGACGACGCAGAAAGAAACAGAAGAAGAGAGGAAAGAGAGACAGUUAAGAGUCAGCGGACCUUGGGUGCACUGCAGUAGCGCUGGGCGGAGUGGAGAGCGGUGGAGAAGAGACGCUGCUGGAAAAAAGCAGCACUGCCGGGCACACCAGCUUCCACGGACACACUGCCGCUUCUGUCUCUGCCCCGAGCGUGCGCCCGACAACAAUGGCAAUACCACAACAAGCCCGCCAGCCAAACAGAACAGACAUACCGGUGCUGGC